GAAGUGCUGUGGUACUGUGGUGUUCAGUCAGUGGAGGCUGUGGUUUAGAUGGUUGUAGCAUUGUAAGGUUAGAUAUCAGACUGUCUGGGGCUCACAGUCACUGAAAGUAACAGAGAUGUUGUACCGAAGGUUCUUUGACGUCAAAGGUCUCUCCAUGAAGUUAAAGUGUGGGCGAGGACUAGAGGAAAAGGAUGGAGAGAAGAUUCGAGACAAAGACAAGAGGAGAGAGGCGAAGGGCAGAGAGAGAUGUACGUUGAACGGACAUCACCUCAGCAUUAUCUCCUCCCAGACACAAUCCUCCUCCUGCCACCAAUGCAGCAAAACCAUCAACACUAAGGAUGCUUUUCUCUGCACCAAUUGCAAUUCACAUGUUCAUAAGAGUUGUAGAGAAAGCCUGCCUGUCUGUGUCAAGGUGAAAAUGAAGUCUCCCAGACAGCAGUUUGCAGUUCCAGAUUCAGCCACCAUUCCUGUUGUCACCCGGAGACCAAGACGAGGGUUAAACCCGGGUGCCUCGAGGGAGCGACCCUGGUCAGCCAUCUUGUCUCCAGAAGACCACUCCUCAUUGGUUGUUCCCUCCCGAAGACAUACCUCCAUCAUACCCUUCCACGGCUCCAACCUGUCAAAGAGCAUCUCCAUAUCCAACAUCGCUGGUCACCAGGUGUUUGAUGACAUGCCUAUCAAGGGUCUGCGAUACCUGUCCCAUUCUACUGACUCUCUGUGCAAGACCAACCUGGUCAAUGAAUCUACGGAGUCACUCACAGACGAAGGCACAGAGAUGAUUGACAGUCAGCUGAUGGGGGAGUUUGAGGAAGACCUGAAAGAGCUGGAAGCGGACUCCUGGAGCAACGUCAUGGACAGCAACGUCCUCAAACAUCUGAAGAAGGACGUCAUCAAGAGACAGGAAGUCAUCUACGAGUUGAUGCAGACAGAGAUGCACCACGUGAGGACCCUGCUGAUCAUGAUGGAGGUGUACAGUAAGGGUCUGGUGAAGGAGCUGCAGCUGGAGCCUCAGACAGUAGACAGGCUGUUCCCUGCACUGGGGGAGCUCCUGGACCUCCACACCUCCUUCCUGACACAUCUCCUGGAGAGGAAGAGAGAGAGCCAGCAGGAGGGGGAGGACGGAGGAUUCAUCAUCAACAAGAUAGGAGACAUCCUGGAGACACAGCCCCUGCCCCAGCCCCAGGCCCUGUCCCAGCCCCUGUCCCAGCCCCAGGCCUUGCCCAGCCCCUCCCGCUGUCUGUUGGUGUAUGUGUCGAUGAUGGUGGGGGCUUUCGUGUGGGGCAGCCUGGCGGAUAAGAUGGGCCGUAGGAAAUGUCUGAUCUACUGUCUGGCCAUCGACUGUGUCUUCAGCUUCCUGUCCUGCUUCGCUCAGGGAUACGGUUUCUUCCUCUUCUUCCGGUUCUGCUCCGGCUUCGGGAUCGGAGGGACUGUCCCCAUCGUGUACACCUACUUCGCAGAGUUCCUCCAGAUGGAUAAGAGAGGGGAGCACCUUAGCUGGCUGUGUAUGUUCUGGAUGUUCGGUGGGCUCUACGCCUCCUUCACCGCCUGGGGAAUCAUCCCUCACUACGGCUGGGGCAUUAGCCUGGGGACACAGUACCAGAUCCACACCUGGAGAGUAUUCAUUCUGGUGUGUAUGUUUCCAGCCAUCAUUGCCCUCGUUGGACUGGUCUUCAUGCCAGAGAGUCCACGCUUCUACCUGGAGAAUGGGAGACAUGACGAGGCCUGGAUGAUUCUGAGACAGGUCCAUGAUACCAACUGGAAGGCCAAGGGAGAACCUGAGAGGGUAUUCACUGUGUCCAACAUCACGACUCCUAAGACCCAGGAGGAUGAGUUCAUUGAGAUCCAGAGUGACACUGGAACAUCCUUCCAGCGCUGGACUGUCAGACACACCAACCUCCUCAAACAGGUGAUGCAGAACGUGAUGUCCCUGGCAGCACCAGACCUCAGACUGCAGGGUCUGUUCCUGGCUAUCGUCUGGUUCACCAUGGCCUUCAGCUACCACGGACUGUCGGUGUGGUUCCCUGACAUGAUCAAGUACAUGCAGUAUGAGGAGUACGAGUCCAAGGUGAAACUCUUCCAUCGAGAACGAGUGGAGCGAUUCCACUUCAACUUCUCCCUGGUCAACCAGAUCCACAAAGAGGGAGAAUAUGUCCAUGACAAGUUCAUGGAUAUAGAGAUCAAGUCUGUGAAGUUUGAAGAUUCCCUGUUCGAGAACUGCUACUUUGAGGACGUCAGGUCGACCAACACAUACUUUGAGAACUGCACCAUCAAGAACACGGUCUUCUAUAACACAGACCUUUGGGAAGACUCUAAGUUUAUAGACUGUCGGAUGGAGAAUGCCACGUUUCUCCAUCCGAAGAAAGGCUGCCAUCUGAACUUCCAGGAGGAGAACGACAUCGUCAUCUACAUGGUCAGCUUCCUGGGGAGUCUAGCGACACUGCCAGGCAACAUCCUGUCAGCCCUCUUCAUGGACAAGAUAGGAAGGAUCAAAAUUAUAGGUGGUUCUAUGCUGAUAUCAGCAGUUUGUACGUUCCUCCUGCUCCUCAGCUUCAGUCAGGGGGCAGUUAUAUUAUUUCAGUGCCUUUUCUACGCUACCAGCGUCGCGGCCUGGAACGGACUGGAGGUCAUCACAGUAGAAAUCUACCCUUCUGCUAAAAGAUGCACAGCGUUCGGAGUGCUGAACGGUACCUGUAAGCUGGCAGCCAUUAUUGGCAGCGUCAUCUUUGCCAAGUUCAUCGGCAUCACAAAGAUCAUCCCCAUUUUCCUGGCGUUCGCAGCGCUGGCCUGUGGAGGUCUGCUGGCCACCAAACUGCCCGACACACGGGAGAAGAUCCUGGAGUGAAAACAGCUAAACAUCUACAGCAUCAAGGGUUGUAACAUUCCUGUGACUUUCCAAAGGUUCUCAAAACAUCUUGGUGUGAGGAUUCCCAGACUUCCUGCUUAAACGUGGGAAUUUGGGGAAAGUUAGUGGAAUUUUGCAAAUCUUUACAACGUCACGGCCAAAUAAAGAUGUCUGUACAUAUAGUUGGGAGAGAGACUUCCACAUGUGAAGUGAGUUGUGUGUGACAGAAUAGGGGAGGGGCUUUCUGUUCCCAUGGUGAUGUAUAGAAAGAACGGUACCCUCAUCAAGACAUGUCACCAUUUUACAUUGUUUGAUAUUGUGUUUUUCUUCUGUACACCUCAAAAUACAACCCAGGUAGAGCAGGACAUGUCACUCUGUAUUUGGUAUGUUUUAAAAUGUGUUUUACAUUUUUCUAAAUUAAAAUUAAAGAAUACGAGAGAUGAGAAAUAUAUUUACUUGGAAGAUGACAGACAGUUUUACCAUGUUGUGCUUUGAUUUAAAACUAACUGUUCAGGAAAGGUAUUAGGUUGACAUUUGGGUUGGAAUUCAACUACGGCUGAGGUUUCAACGUAACGCUACUGUACGAUUCAGAACCAACUUUUCAUUGUCCUUGUUCCAUUCCAUUUUGUGAACGUUCAUCUCGGGUAGUCUGGUGCUUGAUUUGUCCCAUUUCCUCUUUGCCCUUAAUUAACUUUCCAGCUGAACCACUGAAUGUGGUUCAGAAACCCCUCCAUUCUAUUCCACACCCCCCUUCUUUCCAAGGACUCCAUUUAUAUAUAUUCAUCCCUGUGUAUCGCUCAGCAUCUGGUCUUCAGCUCCUGUUGUAUCUAUUAACCAGGACGACAACCUCUUCUGCUGUACAGUGGAUGCAUCUGUUGACAUACCAAUAUGUUUGUUGUAUUGUUUGUGUUCAGUCUCUCCUUGUCCAGAAGAGCUGUGUUCUAGAUACUGAUUCUAUUAAACCCUGUCUAGUCUGUGUUCAGUCUCUCCUUGUCCAGAAGAGCUGUGUUCUAGAUACUGAUUCUA